AUGGCGAGAUCGUCCGUAGGCGUCAUCACCAAACGGUCCGCCGCCCUCUUGGUCUUGAGCUUCAUUGCCAACAUUCAAUCAAGCCAUGCCUUUGCAUUUGAUCAUCCCGGCCUGCUUUCCCGAAGAUCAGGAUCUUGUCCUAGCUCUUACGACUCCUGUGGUAGUAGUCUACCAGACGAGUUCUGCUGUCCUUCCACUUCAACCUGCAUCAGCCUCGACAACGCCAGCUCCGCCAUAUGCUGUCCAUCCGGAGCCAGCUGUGACUACAUCUCGCCCAUUGUCUGCGACGUACAAGAGCAAAAUGCAACUGCACACCCAAAGAACUCAGUAAAGACCACCAAGCUCGAUUCUUCCCUUCCUACAUGCGGAAGCGCCUGCUGCCCCUUCGGGUAUACCUGCCAAGGGAACAGCACCUGUGCCUUGAACACGAAGACUUCAAGUACAGUAACCUCUUCAAACUCAUCCUCAACCUCAACAUCUACCACCGCAGAUACAACUGGCGCUACAUUCACACCAGUAGCCUCACCUUCUUCCUCCUCCGAGGCCAAGUCCAGCUCGACCCUCGCCUCAACAUGUCCCUCAUUCCCUACCCAAGCCGUACUAGCAGGAUUCUUCCCCGGCGCAAUCUUCGGCGCCAUCCUCGCCAUCUUAAUAACAAUUUGCCUUCGCCGCCGAGCUCAAAAGAAAGACCUACACAAUGAUCCCAAGACAGGACAGCACUGGUCCCAACGGUCCUCCUCCGGUGCAGUAAUGGGAAUCUCCGGCCCCAUCGCCAGCGAAGACAACUCCUACCGAACAGACUUCCUCCUCCGUUCCUCAGCAGAGCGGCGCUCCUCAACGGGUGGACGAUCAAUGCUAUCCCGCACCGGGUCAAGAGUGAGGAGUCUUUUCUCCGGUCAACAAAGAACGGACAAGGAUGUUCCUCCCGUGCCGGAGGUACAGAUUCAAUGUCCCGUUACGCCACCGCGCCAGCGUCAGCCUAGUACCGAGAGUAUCAAGGUGUACUCGCCGCCAGGCGCGUUCUCUCAGUCGAAGAAGUUUUUGGGGCCCGAGCCGUAUCCGGGGAGUAUCUCGAGGCCGGAUACCACGUUUACGGACUUGGUGCAGGCGGUUGGGUUUAAUGAUUCGAAGGGGAAUCCCUCAUACAAACUUGGCGAGUUGCAGGGGAAGGAGUUGAAGCUGUGA